AUGGUCUUACCACAAUCUCUUCUUCGAUCUGCUCAAAAUCAUCCUAUGCUUAUUGAAUUAAAAAAUGGAGAAACUUAUAACGGUCACUUAGCAACUUGUGAUUCAUGGAUGAAUAUUCAUUUAAAAGAUGCCAUUUGUACAUCAAAAGACGGUGACAAGUUUGUUAAAUAUCCAGAAGUUCUUAUUAGAGGUUCAACUGUGAAGUAUAUUCGAAUCCCUGAAGAGGUUGUUGAUCUUGUAAGAAAAGAAGCUGAAGAAGCUAGAAAACAACAAAAGGAUAACAAAAAAUUCAAAAAACAAUGGAAUAGUAGAGGAGGACAUAGUCAAAGAGGUGGUAUUCAAAAGGGAGGUGGAAACCAAAGAAAUAAUAGAGGUGGUAGAGGAAACUUCCAAAAUCGUAAUUAA